GAUGUGGUUUCCCUGAGCUUGCAGAACAUCAGUAUACAGGCAUACUUUGAGCAUGACCUAAACACACCAAGCGUACAAGUGUGUUUGAGCUCCGUUCGGUGGUGAGGGGGGAAGACGAAGCAAACCGCUGGAGCUGCUGCUGCUGCUGCUGCUGCUGCUGCUGCUGCUGCUGCUGAACCCGUAGAGCCGACAGACACUCUGGUUUCUCUGCUGCCUGCCGGAGGAUUGUGUUUCCCUCAAGCCAGCCAGCUCCACAGCUAAACCUCAGUCAGCUUGUCGGACAGGAUCUGAACCCCCGUCCUCCAUCCUCUGUUUGUGCUGGUCUCCCUCCAAGUAGAAUGCGAUUCUCUGCUGGAAGCUCUGGUCCAGUUGCUGCCUUUGCGUCCAAGCAGUGAACUUCUCAACUAGAUUGUGAAACAGGAUCCGUGCACAGAGUCACUGACAAGCUGUGGAGCCAUGGGCUGCGGGCUGCGUAAGAUGAAACCGAUGUCGGAGGAGAACAGUCCGGGGAAGAUUUACUCCACCCUGAAGAGACCACAGGUGGAGACCAAGGUGGGCGUGUCCUACACCUACCGCUACCUGGACUUUCUGAUCGGAAAAGAUGGUGGGACGUCCACGCUGCGUCUCUCGUCGGUGCGGGAGCUGCCGGGUCAGCUGCAGGAGCUUUACCAGCAGGGCUUCGUUCUGGCAGCCGUUCACCCGUUCAUCCACCCCUGCGGUCCGGAGUCCAACAGCCCACAGCACCAGCUGUACCGGGCCAUACUGGUCCGACUCAACGACGGGGUGGAGAGGAGCCAGCCGGUCUGCCCACCGUACAAACUGCAGCUGGAAGAGUGUCUGUCUGCCGAGCAGGUGCCCACCCCAGAGCUCAUCCAGGGCUACGUCAAGAAGCAGAUCCAGGAUGCUGCUGACCAGGGAGUGAAGUUUGUGGGAUUUGUCCAGGAACCGUAUGGGGCCCCAUGCACCACGAUCAGAGAACCAGACACCCCCUCCCUCUCCCUGCACUCCAGCCCAAGCUCAUUGCUCGAUUCCCUGGGCAGCUGCAGCCCCUCGAACCCCUCGAGCCCCCGACACCACGCAGAACCUGGAGCUGAAGCUGGCACGGUGGUCAAAGAGGGGAGCGAGGAGGCCUCUGCAGGGGAAGGAGCGCCGAGCGGGGAGAAGAAUCAAAGUGAGAACACUGGGAACCAUUCGGGGAGCCGGGUGGAGGGGAGUCAGGCUGAGGUCUCGCCUGCGACGUCGCCAAUAUCAGAGUUAGAUCUGGAGCACAGCGAGGAGCUGACGGAGGAGAACUCACCGUGUCACAAUAACAACAAAGGCAGCGACACAGAGACAAAGGAGAGGCCGAGAUACCGGCUGCGGAGAGGCGAUGGGGUGGACCUGCUCGCUCUGUACAACCACCCGCCCGUCCGAGAGGAGCACGUGAAGUACUACACUGUCAAGGUGCCGCUUCGCGUUCAAAACUGUGACGAGGGUGUCAAAGGCGUGGAGGCCAACUGGCUGGACCACAUGACCCAGCACUUCAACAACGGAGCCUCGCUGGUCGAUGGAUACUUCCACCUGGGCAACAUGAACGAUUUGCUGCCUAAGUCGGUGGAAAGUGUCUUCAUCUUCCAGGAGGCGAGCGAGGGAGAGCAGAACGCGGCCGCGCCGACAUUCGACGCCAUCGUAGUGGAGCAGUGGACCAUCAUUGAUGGUCUGCAGGUGAAGGCUGAUUAUGUUCCUCUGCUACAGUCCCUCGCCACGUACGGAUGGAGACUCACCUGUGUGCUGCCAACUCCCAUAAUCAAGACUAACAGUGAUGGAAGUCUGUCCACCAAGCAGAUUGUUUUCCUGCAGAGACCCGUGUUGGGCCGAAAGAGGAGGGAAUCCAAGAAAUUGAUCUUCAAGCCCCGAGGAAAGUCCAAUAAGAACUGCAUCAAAGACACAGCAAAGAACAAGAAGAAGAAGAAAACAAAAACUGAGAAGGACGCAGAAGAUCCCAAGAUUCUUGAUGACAAAGAAAAGGUUGAGAGAGAGGAAGACAAGAGUAGGGUGAACGCAACAGACGUAGAGGCAGCGAGGGAAAGCGAGACACCGCUAGAAAGGGAAUCGAGAUGUGAGGAAGAUAGAAACGUUGACGAUGGGAUUGAAAUCAGCAUAGAGACUGUGGAAGAGAAAGAUGGAGGAGAAGAGACAAAAGGAGCAGAAAAUGGCACAGAAGAGGAAGAAGAAGAAGCAGAAGAAAAGAUAACAAUGGAUGGAGAGGGAUCAACGGAGAAUGGAGAGCCUUUAGAAAACGUCCGGGAAGUGGCAGAAACUGUUGCGACUGUGGAAACAGAGAACAAGACCAAAGAAGAGGAGGAUGAAAGUGUAGCAGAAGUUGAAGCUGUGAUUGAAAACGGUGUCGAGACGGAUGAGGAGAAAGACGAGGGUGAAGAGAAUGCGAUCAAACACAAGACAGAAGAACCAGCAAGCGUGGAGGUCAUCGCCAAGGAGAUUGUGGCAGACUCACAGGCCACACUGACCAAUCAAAGCCCAGAGGAGACUCAAGAGUAGCCCCAAGUCAAGGUUUUUCCCCGCCCUACCUCUCAAAUUCCCCAUCUUAAAAACUGGUUCACAGUGUUGUCCCUGAUCCAAAUUAAUGGGGCUUCGAUCCCCACCGCUGCAGCAUUGUCCAAACCUGCCAUCUUUCAUAAACGAUGUCCCCAACCCCAAUCUGCAACAGUGUAGCUACAGAAUGAUUUCAUGUGACUGCAGACAUCAGUCCUACCAUAUAACCACACAUACUGAAUGUAUAUAUCCAAAAACAGGCGGUGCUGGUGCGUGAGUCAAUGUGGAGUCACUGGAAUAACUGGAUGAGGUUCAACAGGGUUGGUGAAUAUCUGCAAACAGGAUGGGUUUUUGUUUUGCUCUAGAAGAAUGAGCAACAACUUGAAGACCUGGUCACAUCAGCACUUAAAACAGCUAAACUUUUCAGUGAAAUCAGUUCAUUCAAAUGGAAUCAGCAUGAUUAGUUGAUAAGUUUUUGGGGGCAAAAUAAAUCUGCAUUACUUCUUUGCAUAAAGUUCAAAUUCAGUAGAGUUGGACAUCGAUUUUGUGCUGCUAACCAAGAGCAACUCAAAAAUGAAGGACGCUAUCAUGGCUUAUUAGCUGACUUUUAUUCAUCUUAUUGUCUCAUCAGCAACCAAGCUAACUGUCAGUUAACAAGUUAGCUAGCUAACUUCUUCUUUACCCCUUCAGUGAUUCUUUAUUGAAUUAAAUGAGGUACAAUGAAAUGCUAAAGGGAAGUAACUUGACCAAUACAGAGAAAAAAGCUAGGAGAGCUACUAAGACUGAAUAAUGAUAGCACGUUAGCAGUUAGCUCGCCAGAUAUAGUAAUUUACCAACUCGCCCUGUGAAUAGACCCUAUGUCACCAAGCUUCUAGAGCCACACAUUUUGCAAAGAUACGUGGAAAAAUUACACUGUGCAUCUUUCUGUUGUGACCAGGCCUUUAAGGAGGGUGAGGAGCAUUACACCGUUCUUCUUGCAAUGUAACACUGAGUUUAUGUCAGCUUGCAGCCUGUUUAAUUAGGGUUAUUUAGAUAGCCUGAAAGAACGGCAGUGAUGUCUCUGAAAGGUCAUUUCUUGCUUUUGAAGAAAAGUUUGAGACCACCCAGCUACCCCCUUCAGCUCUUCUAGUCCUGUCUGAGAGUCGUACCCAGAUAUAGCAUCUGUUACAAGAGGUACUUUCACCUGACUGUUAAACAUUUCGAGCAGCUCUCCUUGGUUUUUGAAGCUGUGGAAAAGACAAGUCAGCUCCCUAAUCCAAGAUCCAAGAGAAUCCUGACUAGACACAGGCCUGACUCCCCCAAACGACUCACGAUAUAAGAGGCUGGUAAGCUCAGAAGAGCGUCCUAUGUGAUCACAGACUGCAUCACCACUUCCUGUUCCUUGGUUCUGUGCACCAUAUUAAGUUGUGAUGUGGAGGGAACUUGGAGGAGAACGCUGGUAGAGGUGAUGGGAAAGGCGUUUGUUGCGACAGGCAAUCCAAAGUAGGGUGAAGAGAUAAUUGUUUACGCUGAGCUCUAAGCCGUCAAGUGCUUCAAAGAGAGCCGAUAAUCACUCUUUGGUGUGGUGUGCUAAGCUCACCUUGCAUACAGAAUGUCCCACAUUCAAAGCCAAGUUAGAUAAGGAUGUGAAAUUCAGCUGAAUGUUUGCAGCCCAAGGGCAGCACUCGUAUUUAGAUUCUCCUAGUUAGUUUUUACAUACAGGAGUGAGGAUUUAUUUCUACGCAACAGUUGCAUUUUUAAUUACAUUUCCAGUCAAAGGCCACAGAGAUGCUUCUCAGUGCGGAAACAAGGUUAAGCUGUGCGGUCAGGGCAGAGGCUUGAUGUUGUUUACUCAGACCAAAACUGAAGAUUGAGACGGAGAAAUUGAGACAAAGGAAGAGGUUGAGAGUGAAAGAGAGAGGCCACAGAGCAUAAGAGAGUCAAAUAAAAGAAAUGAAUAGGCUCAGUUUAAGCAACGUCUGUUUAUGUCCCACAUACCCCGUUGAGAUUUCCGUCGUUAUUUUACCUCCAGCUCUUUAAGCACGUCUUACCCGACAUCAUUCCUGACAAUAACCAAGCCAUCAUGUGCUGUUUCAUUACAUCAUGUAGCUUUCCAUUUGAGAAAAAGGAGAAGGUGAGGGAGGGAGGUGGCAAUGUUCACGGUGCAGAGCUCUCAUUAGCUCGCUAAUGGAUUUUGUCAGUAGGGUAUCUGUCAGGAAUCAUGCAUUUAUAAUGGGGGUCACUUAUUGGGGGAUGUAUUGACAGCAAAACACCUCAAGAAAAUAGCCUUUAGAUUUAACGGUGAUGUCAUAUAGGGAAUCGUUUGCACUGAGGAGGAUGAGUUCGUGUUAAAAAUGCUCAAUUUUGCAGAGAAAUUGGACACACUUUGUCAUAAAAUGUGUCAGAAAAUCUAUUUAUUAAAACGUUAGCAUUCGGUUACUCAAGAACUUAAACUACCUGCUGUCUCGCUUUAUACAGACUAUAAUUUGUCAUAAUUUGGAUCUUUUGUUUUAUGAGAAUAGAUGAUACCUUGGUCAUGUCUCCUUUUGGAGAUGAAACUCUUCAAUUACACACAAGUAAGAUCGAUUAUGCCGAAUAAGUGCUCUCCUUUUUGGGGGAUUAAUCCACCCGCCGCUGAGAUUCUUUUCAAUGUAAAAUGGCAAAUGUCUUUGUGUAGAGUAGAAUAUAAAAACUGUGACCAGUUUAGCCUUAUUACUAUACUGUAAAUGGCCCUCAACCUGCUAUUAGAAAUGUCCUUUAGAGGCACAGUGGUGAUUUAAGUGUUAUAUGUUUGUUAUAGUCAAACAGGAAAGUUUUGCUACAGUCAGUGUUGGUAUUUUGAAGCUGUUGUUCCCUGUGUUAUUACUGGAAUUCACAGUGAGGGGAUAAAAGAUUUGAAGUGUUUGUCUAUAUGAAGGAAAUAUGUUUUGGAUUUAUUUUGAAGAUGUUUGGAACAUGUUAUUUUUUUUUUAUUAUUAUUAUUAUCGUUAUUAUUAUUAUUGUGAAUGUUCUGUUUAUGAGUCGAGAGAUUUUUAUUGUGGGCUUUGUGUUGCCUCUGCUGUUCCGCUAAAGCUUGCUAAAAUGUAUUUCUGACUGAUGCUUCGAGCUACCUCCCGAGGGCUGUUGUUGGUUUUACGGGGGGGGGGGGUCACGGCCUGUGUGACCCCCCCCCCCUGAAACAUAUGCUCCUUGUCCUCUCGGCCUCCACUAUGACAGAGCCCGGACCCAUGAGCGUGAGUUCAUCACUAAUGGCAGACAAGGUCAAGGGUCACAUUUGAGCCAGAAUGGAUUUUCCACAGCUGUACACAGGAGUUCGCACGAGCACAUGACAAAUAACCACUCUGAUAUUGAAUCAAGAUAUGAAGUCAUAUCAUAAUAUUCUCUGUGGUGUUUCCUUUUUCUUUUUUUUUUGCUCUUCGGCUGUUUGAACUUUAAUAAGCACUUAUUGUAUUCAAGAAAUAUUUAAUGCUGCUGGGGAGCAAAUAAGACUCAGCCAUCACUUUCACACUUUCGUCAAGUGUGACAUAUGAAUUAUGAAAGGCAAUACCAAAAUAUGCCUUUUGAUAGCUGACGUGAUCACUAUGAAUAUUUGAGCAAUUUCCCCUCUGAAUCCUGGUCAACUUUAAUCAGAUUUAAUCAAUUUCUCCAUUCUCCCCCGUGUCAAGAUAAACAUUUUAACUGUCAUCUAUCUGUUUUAUGAAUAUGAAUAUAUUUCAGUGUUCCUGCCUUUCUCCUUUUUUAAAAAAAAAAAUUUCUUUCUUUUUCUUUUUUUUUUUUAUUUGAAACUGUGACAUUUAUUCCCCUUUGGCAUCCUGAAAACAGACACAUCAUGUUCCACUUUAUCAGAGUUUGGAAAAUCAGUUAAAGCGACGAGGUGAAGUCAUGUGACACGACUGUGUUUUUGUUUUUUUUCCGACUCCCACCACAUUCCGGUUGGACAUCCACAAACAUGGACGAUUGUAACCUUGACAAAAGUUACAACCGGCCUUGUGUCGGCCCCGUCCUACCUGAGGCCGUGGCCUUCAGUGCUCUAACUUUCCCUGAUAAGGGCUGAUUGGUUGCAGUGCAGUCUAACCUCUGACACGAGUACACUCCAGGGACUGUGGGUAAUUGUGUUUUUUUUUUUUUUUUUUUUGUCUGGUAUUACGAGGAAAAAAAAAAAAAGAAAAACACAGACAUGGAGAGAAAAGCGAGGCAGGAUCUGACACUUCAUCAGUUAAAUGAUGCUGAACCAUGUUAACGUCUCCGUCCGUGAAAAGAAAGAGACCUUUGUCUAAUGUUCGACUCAAAUACAUUUGCAGCCCUCUACUCAACUGUGUAAAAAAAAAAAAAAAAAAAAAAAAG